GUCUCUGAGGCUUUUUUGCUUAGACAUGAAAUUGACGACUUUUUCAUGCAUUCUAUAGUUGUAGUCGUGAUUUUUAUAUAUCUUUUCUUAACAAAUUACGUUGGACAAGAAUUUAUAGAUCACAAUGACUACGUAUUUUCUACCGCAUACAACGUUCGAUGGUAUGUAGCACCGUUACAUGUACAGAAGCUGAUAUUGUUUCUCUUGCGAAGAGGUAGCAAAAGUAUUAGCCUUAAUUUUGGCUCACUGUUUACGUUGUCUCUGGAAUUAUUCGCCACGCUAACGAAAACAGCAUUAUCCUACUUUACUGUUGUGUGUUCAAUACAAUAAUGACGCGAGAAUUCAUCCUCCGACAAUGU